UUGUUUAGCUAUGUUAGAUCGAUAUUUAAUAUCAUCACGAGAAGUUCGUCUUAGAAAAUUAAUAACAACAAGAAAACGAGCAAAAUUAAUUAUUUUAUUUCUUAUCUGUUUAUUUGGAUUACAUAAUAUUCCGAUAAUUAAAUACUAUGGUGCUUCAAAAGCAGGAUAUUGUACCAUUUCAUCAUCUAUUUAUUCAUAUUAUUAUUUAUAUACAUUUCAAAUAUUGCUUCAUGGUAUAAUACCAAUUAUUUUUCUUUCAGUAUUUGGUUUCUUAACACUCAAACAAUUAAGAAUAAUUAGUAGAAGAAAAAAUCAUUAUGGAAUGAUGAAUAGUGAUAAACAACUAUCUCGUAUGCUUCUAUUAUUAUCUUUAGCAAUUAUAUUAUCAUCAAUUCCAUAUUGUAUUGAACAAUCUUAUUAUGUUUUAUUCAAUAGAAAUGAUCGUAAUCAAACAUCAUAUUUUUUUCUUUAUCAUGUUGUAUGUUCAAUAUUAUUUUAUACAAAUCCAGUAUCUAGUUUUUAUAUAUAUUAUAUUUCAACAAGAAGUUUUCGUAUACAAAUAUAUCAAAUUCUUUGUCCUAGAAGAAAUCUUCAUUAUGUUGCUUUUUAUCAAAUCAAAUCAGUAGCAACUACAACAAUAAGUUUACAUGAAUCUAUUGCAUAA